AUGAUCAUGGCCAAGAUUGAGAAGCAGGUGGUGACCAACCCAGAUCUGUCGAAGAGGGUGAUGUCUUUGCUCAGCAAGCCCUUUGACCAGGCGCUGAGGGACUGUGCAGCCUUGAAGGAGUACAUCAAUUUUCGAAGUCCAGAGGCCUUGGGGCACCGCAUGUUGAGGCUCAAGCACUGGAAGAAGAGUUUCGAGAGCACUGGCAUCUAG